ACAGCCAUGAUGGAUAUUUCAUUUUUUUUAGUUAGCGUUCAGUGUCCGACUACAAAAAUUGAGACAUAAAACUAACUAAAAAUAAUAAAAAUCCAGUUGCUCCUAUACAAAAGAUAAAUAAAUUUGUUGUUGCACAUUUUAGCUGUCCAGUUCUUAAGAGUAGAAGAUGGAUGAGGUAUGUGACGAAUUGUCCGACAUUCAACAGUUACAAGAAGAUCUCAGUGAGUUCCCGAACGAGGACGACGAAGACGAAGAUGAAGAUGAAGACGAACAUAACGAAGAAGAUGAAGAGGAAGAAGAAAACGAUGAAAGCGGUGACGACGACGACGAUAACAACAUUUUUACCUCAAUGUCAUUGGAUGAAGAACCAGUGGAGGAAAAACCCAGUGCCGGUAAUGGACUCGAUAUCGCCGUCAAACUGGAAGUCAGCAUUCUAGAGGAUGAAGAAAAUCAAAAUAAUACCAAGAAUCAGCAGGAAAAAGUGCAGGUAAAGCGCGAACCUUCCGAUGCUGAAAAAGUUCAAUCCAGUGAUAAAACGGGUGAUGAAGCUCCGCCACCAGAGCCUCCCGGUUACGAUAUUUAUAAGAAUAUAACCGAAGAGCAGCGUGAAGCAGCUAGGAAACAUAACGAAUGUUUCAUUUGCCAGAAGCGGUUUGGUACUUUUGCCACCUUUAAACGGCAUAUAAUCCGACACACUGGCUUAAAGAACUACAAGUGUCAUAUCUGCGGAAAAGCAUUUGCCGAAGGCAGUUACUUAAAGGCCCAUCUGAUGACCCAUAGUGGAACUACGCCGUACAGCUGUGAUAUUUGCCUGAAAAAAUUUGCAAAUUCGUCCAGUCUCCAUGGACACAUUAAAAUUCAUACAGGGGAAAAGCGAUACAAAUGCGAGAUAUGUGGGAAAGCAUUUACCGAAUCAUCAACGCGACGCAAACAUAUGCUGGUCCAUAAUCCGAACAAGCAAUUCAAAUGCGAGAUGUGCGACAAGGCGUUCAGUCGCAAAAUCAAUUUGAAUGUUCACAUCAAAACGCAUUAUCGUCAGCAGGGAUUGCUGGCCGAAGGAGAUGUGGUUCAGGAAUGUCCGGUGUGCUUCAAAACAAUUACGUACAAUUUCAAGCAGCACAUGAGAAACCAUGAACGCGGUAAAGCGUACGCAUGCAAAUUGUGCGAUGCGCGAUUUCAUCAGUCGAACAGUUUACGUGCCCAUAUGUCCAAACAUACCGGUAAAAAGGAGUAUUGUUGCACCGUUUGUUUGAAGGAGUUCAGCAUGUCGUCGAAUUUGACGAAACACAUGAGAAUACAUACGGGCGAGAAACGAUUCGUCUGUGAAGUGUGUCAGCGUGCGUUCACGGAUUGUUCAACACUACGAAAACAUCGCAUGAUUCACACCACCGAAAAGAACUUCUUGUGCGAGGUUUGCUCGAAAGCCUUCUCUCAGCAGACGAGUCUCCAGCUGCACAUGAGGAUACACACAGGGGAAAAACCACACGUUUGUAAAGUAUGUUCCAAGGCCUUCCACGACGGUUCAUCGUUGUCAAAGCACAUGAACCUGCAUCUUCCCGAGAAGCCUUUCCAAUGUGAAAUUUGCUUAAAGAAAUUCACCCAAAAAUACUGCCUGAAAAAGCAUAUGAAAACGCACGAGAACGAUCACAUAGUCAAGACUGGCGACGAAUGCAUCUGUAAAAUUUGUUCAAAGAAAUUCGCCACUCCAACCGGACUGAAAAUCCACCAGACCACACAUUCAAGCGACAAGCAACAUCAAUGCAAACUUUGUUUGAAGAAAUUCACAUUGGCCAACAAUUUGAGGACUCACAUUGCUAAGGUCCACGUGGAAAAACCAUUCGAAUGCAGCAUUUGCCAGAAAUCGUUUGCUACGACGGAAAAACUGGACGAACAUCGGGACAAGCACUUUUCGGAGAAAAAGGUCCUACCAUGCGACAUAUGCCAUAAAACGUUCAAAGCUGCUGGCAAUUUACGGAAGCAUAUGUUAAAGCGUCAUAAUUUGGAAAAUGAAAUGAAAAUACCGAACGAUAUAGACAACAUGCCCAUGUCGAUGUCGAUGCCAAUGUCGAUGGCAUCAAUGUCAAUGCCAAUGGAUGUGAUGCCGAAUGGCAAUAAUAAGCCGAAUGUUUUGAAUCUGUCGCAAACAAUGUUUCAACGGCAUGAACCGCCUAGUUGGAUGAUGGACGAAGAGGAUUCAAAUCAAUCAGAUGAACAAUCGCAAAACGGAGAUGAUGACGAAGAUUAUGUGGAGGAACAGGAUGAUGAAGAGGAGGAGGACGAAGACAAUAAAGAUGAAGACGGUGGUGGUGAUGACGAUGAUGACAGCCAAUCCGAUAAUAAAAGUGAUGUACUUAAACGUGAAGACAAAAAUGAGUCAAACGAUGAUACCAGCCUAGUAACACCAAAGGACGAACCGGAUCCUGAUUCUGAAUCUGAUACGAAGCCCGAAGUCAAAGUCAAACCAGAACCAGCUCCAGAACCGGAAGAGUCAUCCGGAUAUGACAUUUAUAAGAAUAUGACCGAUGAACAGCGACAAAAAGCUUUAAAGAACAAUGAAUGUUUUCUCUGUGAGAAACGGUUCGCUUCAUUCACAUCAUUCAAGAAACAUAUGAUUCGUCAUACCGGUGUCAAGAAUUACAAGUGUCACAUAUGUGAUAAGGCUUUUGCCGAAGGGAAAUACCUACGUGCUCAUAUGAACAUUCACAGUGGACGAACUCCCUAUACGUGUAAAGUCUGCGAAAAGAAAUUUGCAAGCUCAUCGAGUUUACAUGGCCAUAUGUUGAUCCACACAGGUGAAAAGCGGUAUAAAUGUGAUAUUUGCAAUAAAGCCUUUACGGCGUCAUCCACUCGGGGCAAGCACAUGAAAAUGGUUCACAAUCCCGAGGAACGGGCUAACCGAAAGCCAUCGGAACGGAGGUUCAAAUGUGAAAUUUGCGAGCAGGCAUUCAGCCGAAAAAUGAACCUAAAUGUGCACAUGAAGAGUCACAGUACCUCCAGGGGUAUACUAGGCCAAGACGAUGAAACGGAAGAGUGCCCCAUUUGCUUCAAAAUUAUCGCUAAGAAUUCCAAAUAUCACAUGAAAACUCACGAAAAAGGAGUGAAAGUCUACGAGUGUAAGGUGUGCGAUGCCAAAUUCAAUCAGUCGGAAAGUCUUCGGGCCCACAUGUCUCAUCACACGGGUAUUAAGGAUUUUGUGUGCAGUGUUUGCUCAAAGGCAUUUAGUGUUUCGUCACGACUAACAAAACAUAUGAGGAUUCAUACGGGCGAAAAAAGAUUUGUCUGCGAAAUUUGUCAGCGCGCUUUUACCGAUUGUUCGGCAUUACAUCGCCAUCGAAAGAUUCACACCGCUGAAAAGAAUUUCUUAUGCGAGAUCUGCUCCAAAGCGUUUUCACAGCCAUCGAGUCUUCAACUUCAUAUGAGGGUGCACACAGGUGAAAAACCGCACGUUUGUAAAGUUUGCACCAAAGCGUUCCACGACAGCUCAUCACUAUCGAAACAUAUGAACCUGCAUCUUCCGGAGAAACCUUUCCAAUGUCAAAUUUGUCUGAAGAAAUUCAAUCAAAAGUACUGUCUGAAGAAGCACCUCGAAACGCAUGAGAAUGAUCAUCUCCUGAAAGAUUUCGACGGGGUUUGUGAAAUCUGUUCCAAAAAGUUCGGAACACCCAGCGCAUUGAAAAUUCAUCAAGCUGUACAUUCCACUGAUAAGCCCCAUCAAUGUAGCUAUUGCUUUAAAAAGUUCCGUUUGAUACAAAAUAUGAAAACUCACAUCGGAAAAGUGCACAUUGAUAAGCCCUAUGAAUGCAACAUUUGUCAAAAGAAAGCCUUCGCAACCAUGGAAAAAUUGGAGGAACAUCGAGAGAAACAUCUGGCCGAAAAGAAGGUACUGCCGUGCGGCAUAUGUCAUCAGACCUUCAAAGCACCGGGCAAUCUGCGCAAGCAUUUAAUGAAGCGUCACAAUAUCGAAAAUGAAUCGAAAGAACCAAUGCACGUCGAGCAGGUGCCCAACCCAACUGUACCAAUGCCACAGAUGAUGAUGCCACCGAUGCCAAUGAAAGUUGUGUCCAAUAAUAAGGCAAUGAGUGACGUUCUGAAUUUAUCGCAUUCAAUAUUCCAACGGCAGGGGCAUCCGAACUGGCUUUAGAAAAACAUUUAUUAGACAUAAAGUAGUUGGAGUUUGCGGUACUAAUUAUUCUGGAUUUUCUAUUUGUAAUUAAGCACAAAAUUGUAAAAGAUAAUUUUAGGGCUCAUUUAUUAGACGUACUAGAAACACACACACACCAUUAUAUCCUAUGUUACUGGAAAGCAUAGAAUAAAAUCAAAAUAUUAUAAUUGAA